UAAUGUUCGCCUGUGAGAAUGUUGCGCCUGUUGAGUAAACGUUUAUAUUGCAAAAUUGCAACCAAAGCGAAUGAAAAAUCCACCAAAUUAGACUUUAAACAGCUGACGCAUCCCACCAAGGUGCCACAGAAGCCGGUGGACACGGAGUUUCCCGACACCAGUUCCACGGAAAUCGAGAUCGACACAAAGACCAUUCAAUUGCUGGAGCGCCUGUCCCUCGUGGAUCUGGACAGCGAACGAGCUCUGGAAACUCUGAAAAGCAGCAUCCAGUUCGCGGACAAGAUAGCCCACAUCGACACGGAGAACGUGCGUCCACUGUACACGGUGCUGGAGCAUCAGCAGCUCCAGUUACGCAACGACCAGGUGACUGAGGGCGAUUGCCGGGCGGAGGUGCUUCGGAACGCCAAAGUGACGGACGAGGACUACUUCGUCUCGCCGCCAGGCAACAUCCCGCUGGAGCAAUGA